GUAGAAAAUUCAUCAGGGAAUGUAUUCCAGCCCUUGACUGGGUAUCGCUACCUGCUUGUCUCGAUCUGGUGGGAACUCGCCCCGAGCAGUCUUUGAAGAACAAUAAACUAUUUUAGAGCUCUGUGAUGAGAACCAGGCAAGGCAGGGGAUUUAAAACAUGUACCCCCCAAACACUCAGACAAGGUGGGGGAGAAAAAAAUAAGAGGACCAGAACACAUUUCCAGUUCUCCAGUACAGAAAAGCCCCGCAAAAUUCACCAUUGAUCCUCACAAUUGGGCCUGAACACCACCGCAAUGGCCCUUGAACGCGAACUCCUUCCGAGGUGCCUCAUGCACAGCCACAUCCUAUUCCCCGUCAUCCAACACCAACGCUCCAUAAUUUUGGUCUGCUUUGGCGACAGAAUACCAGCUUUUCUCCAAGAGGGAAUUCGAGCCACAAGGAUCCGUCAGACCAAAUGAAAAGAGAAAUAAGUGCCACGAAACGAAAAGGGAGCUGAGCCCCGGGGUUGUGGUGCCAUACGACCAAACAAUAGACAAUGCAGAUGAGGGAGUCGCAAUACUCUCCAAAACACAAAAAAAAACAGAAAUAAGAAAGAACAAUGACCGGGCGUGCCGGGAACGGUGUGCUUUCAUCAAGAAGCGUCAUCUCCCUG